AUGACGCCUGAUAGAAGAAAUAGUGAUACCUACAACAUUCCCAAUCCGGGAUCUAGGCGUUCUUUUUCUUCUUCGAAUACUUUGGCGAGUUCCAAUACUAUUACAUCCUCAACUGUUGGAGGUCGACAAAAUAAUGAAGCAUAUGCCGGAGUGACGUUUGAAGCGGUUCCAACUUCGAUAGUUUCAUUUCAUCAUCCACAUUCUUAUAGAUCUACUGGGUUUGGUAGUGGUGAGUCUUUCGUUAGAAGUAGAAGAGACACCGGCACUGACUCUCUAUUGCUAACUCCUGUUCAUUCAAGAGCAUCUCAAAGAUCAAGAGCUUCUUCGAGAGCACCAAACUUUCGUUUUUUUACUGGUGAGCAAGUUGAGAAUGCGGAGGGUGCUGCUUCAACUUUGGAGUAUGCUGAUUACGAUACAGAUUGGGAGGCACUCCCAGCUUACGAGCAGGAAAGGCUUAAUUUCAGAAAUAAGUCCCCUAGGUCUUCAUUGAGAAAUACAAGCGAGUUGCUUUUACCUGCAAUCUCUUCCAAUAGGGCGCUUUCUUUGCAGUCCUAUGGCGCAGUGGACAAUCUGCGAACGAGAAAUACAUUUGGUAAUUCAUCACGUUCUUCCAUAAGCUCUUCACAAUAUUCUAUUAGGGAUCGUAUUCCGGUGGAACUUGAAGAAGUUGGCUCUGUGCCUUUGCACGAUGAUAACAGCAGUGCUGAGGAUAACGCUAUUAACAGUGACCUGGAAGAGACAGUGGAAAUGCAUCAGCAUCAUGAUGACCACCCCGAUCCGCCUAACUCGACGUAUAAGAAAUCGUAUCACUCGGAAUUUCUUAAACCUCAAUAUCAUGAUCGUUUUUAUCCGCAGCAUCUGCCCCGGAUACAUUUUCAGAGAUUUUACAUUGCUGAAGAAGACCUAGUUAUUGCUAUCGCAGGCUAUAAAACAAAUAUUUGGAAGCUUUAUUUGUACUAUGUUUUGUGCUGUUUGUCGUUUGGUAUUCUAUUUCUAAUCUGCAAAUGGGUUCCUCGCUAUAAAGUCAGGCUACGCGGUAGUAAAACAGCUUUGGGUAAAGCGGAGUGGGUUGUUGUGGAAAAUGAAUAUAGUGAGUUAUCGAUUAUUAAUGUUAAAAGAGAAUGGUAUAACAGGCCAUUAAGUACCAUUUUAUCAUUAAAAAGGGACAAUAUAUCAAACAACCGGAGGCACUACCACCAUGAGAGUGAAGUUAAUCCCAACGUGCCGAUUUUAAUCUCAUUUGAAUACAGAUAUUAUAAUCUUAUCUAUUCUCCGUUGGGUGAUGUUUUCCAAACCAACUGUAACUGGGCAGACCCAAACUGGGUAGAUGUAGACCGUUUUUGCAAGGGUUUACCAACCGCCAUUCAGGAAGAUAGGCUCAUUGCAUUUGGCAAAAAUAGUAUUAAUCUAAAACAAAAGACAACUAGUGAAAUAUUAUUUGACGAAGCGUUACAUCCAUUUUAUAUCUUCCAAAUUUUCUCUGUCAUACUAUGGAUGUUUGACCAUUAUUACUAUUACGCCGGCUGUAUUUUUUUGAUUUCAAUUCUUUCCAUUUUAGACAAUAUAUUUGAAACAAAGCAAUCAUAUAAAAGGCUUUCUGAAGUGUCUCAAUUCCACUGUGACGUGCGUGUUUAUAAGGAUGGAUUUUGGACUCAAAUUCCUUCCACUGAUUUGGUCCCUGGAGACAUAUAUGAGAUAUCUGAUCCUUCGUUAUCUGUGUUCCCCUGCGAUUCUGUUCUAAUAUCGGGAGAUUGUCUUGUCAAUGAGUCUAUGUUGAACGGUGAGUCUGUCCCUGUCCCCAAAACUCCUGCUACACAAGAGACGAUGAUACAUCUUUUGGAUGAUUUCAUGGAUGCCCACAUAUCUGCCUUUGUGGCGAAGUCUUUCCUCUUUAAUGGGACCAAAAUUAUCAGAGUUCGCUCAGCUCCCGGCCAAUCUGUCGGUUUAGCAAUGGUUGUAAGGACUGGUUUCUCGACCACCAAAGGCGCAUUAGUUCGUUCUAUGGCUUUCCCCAAACCUGUUGGAUUUAAAUUUUAUGAGGAUUCAUUUAAAUAUAUUGGAUAUAUCGCCAUAAUUGCUGUAAUUGGGUUUGCAUUAAGUUGUAUUCAAUUUGUUAGGUUGGGUGUAGAUACAAGAACCAUGGUACUACGUGCCUUGGAUAUUAUUACAAUCGUUAUCCCUCCUGCUCUUCCUGCAUCAUUAACAAUUGGUACUGGGUUUGCUUUAAACAGGUUGAAGAAGAAAGGAAUAUUUUGUAUUUCACCAACUAGAGUAAAUGUAGGAGGUAAGCUCGAUGUUAUGUGCUUUGAUAAAACUGGUACAUUAACGGAGGAUGGCCUAGACGUUUUUGGUGUUCAUGCUAUAGUACCAGAAAAUCAAGAGAUAAAAUUUGGCAGUUUAAUUUCUGAUGUUAAUAACCUCUUCCCAAAGUUUUCAUUGGAUGAUUGUUCUUCUCCAGCAGACUUUAAAGCCAGAAAUUUUUUGUUAGCUUUGCUCACUUGCCAUUCGUUGAGGUUAGUGGACGGUGAGUUGCUCGGUGACCCGUUGGAUUUCAAAAUGUUUUCCUUCACUAACUGGGCAUACGAAGAGGAUUACCAAACACAUGCAUUUCACUCUUUAAAUGAGGAGAGACAUGAUUCCAAUACAUUGCCUGAAAACACAAGUAUCUCACCAGCUGUUGUACACCCUUCUGGAAACGAGAACUUUGCUGCCAAUGACCCCAACAACAUCAUUGGUAUUAUAAGAAGUUUUGAAUUUUUACCACAUUUGAGAAGAAUGACAGUCAUUACUAAAUCUUCAGGUAAAAAUGUUUUUAUGAGUUUUACAAAGGGAGCACCUGAAGUCAUAGCUGAACUAUGUAAUAGGAGUUCACUCCCUGCUGACUUCGAUCAGCUCCUUCAAACCUAUACACAUAGUGGUUACCGUGUGAUUGCAUGUGCCGGAAAGACAUUGCCCAAAAGCUCGUGGUUGUACUCACAGAAGGUGAGCCGUGAAGAUGUGGAAUCCAAUUUGGAAUUCUUGGGUUUUAUUAUUUUUGAAAAUAAAUUGAAAAACUCUACAAAGAGCACUUUAACAGCUUUACAUUCUGCAAAUAUCAGGACGAUUAUGUGUACUGGUGAUAAUAUUCUAACAGCAAUUUCUGUUGGCUUAGAAUCUGGGCUUGUAAAUUCGGCUCGUAUCUUUAUACCAAUCCUUAAUGAAAAUGCUCUCCCUGGUGAAAAUAUAGUUAAAUGGCAAAAUGUUGACAACCCUUCCGAGCUUUUAGAUAGUGUCACAUUAGUGCCACAGGAUAACAAUGCUAGUAGCUAUUCAUUGGCAAUGACUGGGGAUGUUUUUAGGAUGAUUUUUAAACAUGAGGGAUCAGUAUCAAGUGACUAUAUCAACAGGAUUCUUUUAAAGUGCGCCAUAUAUGCACGAAUGGCACCAGAUGAAAAGAAUGAAUUGGUAGAGCAGUUACAGGCAUUGGAUUAUCAGGUUGGAUUCUGUGGCGAUGGUGCUAACGAUUGUGGAGCUUUGAGAGCUGCGGAUGUAGGUAUCUCAUUGUCUGAAGCUGAAGCAUCUGUUGCAGCUCCAUUUACAUCACAUGUCUUCGAAAUCAGCUGCGUUUUAGAUGUCAUAAAAGAAGGAAGAGCAGCGCUUGUAACUUCCUUUUCAUGUUUCCAGUACAUGAGUUUGUACUCAGCAAUCCAAUUCAUCACCAUUACAAUAUUAUACAGCCGUGGCACGAAUUUAACAGAUCUACAGUUCUUAUACAUUGAUCUAUUCUUAAUUGUUCCAAUCGCAGUUUUCAUGUCGUGGUCAAAGCCAUAUGAAGUUUUGGUAAGCAAAAGGCCUAGUGCCAAUUUAGUUUCACCAAAAAUUUUACUUCCACUAAUUGUUCACAUUUUGGUACUAAUGACUUUCCAAUUUGUUCCCUGGAUAAUUGUUCAAUAUAUGUCAUGGUAUGUGAAACCAAUUGUCGGUAAUGAUGAAUCCGUGAGGUCAAGUGAUAACACUGUUCUUUUCUUAUUUUCGAAUUUCCAAUAUAUUAUAAUAGCAAUAGUGCUUUCUGUUGGACCACCUUACAGAGAGCCUCUUUCAAAUAAUAUUGGGUUCCUAAUUGACAUUAUUUUCUCAGGCUUUGUUUCCGUGAAGUUGUUAUUCAUUAGUGCAACUUCUUGGAUCGGGAAUAUCUUUCAUUUCACCAGACUUCCCAAUUCAUUUAAAUUGUUGCUACUUGUAUGGAUUGGUUUGAAUUUUGUUGUCCAACUUUAUCUUCCUGCCCGGUUCAAAUACCUUUUCAAGAAGAAGGUUAGUAGUAAACGAUACAAAAAUAUUGAAAGAGAACAACGCCAAGCUCCUAUUGUAUGA